UCUUGGGCCUAUUUGAAAUGACGCUUUCGUCUUCUGACCCCUAGGAUCCGUCGACAUGAAUCCCGUCGUCGUGGUGCACGGAGGCGGAGCCAGCAGUAUCUCCAAGGAUCGCAAAGAGCGGGUGCGACAAGGCAUCAUCCGAGCUGCGAUCGCGGGUUACAACAUCCUCAAGGAAGGAGGGAGCGCAGUUGACGCUGUGGAAGGAGCCGUGACCGUCCUGGAAGAUGAUCCCGAGUUCAACGCAGGUUGUGGAUCUGUCUUGAAUGUAAAUGGUGAAGUUGAAAUGGACGCUAGUAUCAUGAAUGGAAAAGACCUGUCUUCAGGAGCUGUAUCUGCAGUCCAGUGUAUCGCAAAUCCCAUUAGACUUGCACGGCUUGUUAUGGAAAAGACACCUCAUUGCUUCCUGACUGACCAAGGUGCAGCAAAAUUUGCUGCAGCCAUGGGGAUUCCAACAGUUCCUGGGGAGCAGCUGGUAACAGAGAGAAACCUAAAACACCUAGAAAAAGAGAAGCAUGAGAAAUGUGCUCAGAAACCAGACCAACAAAAAAACUUGGGAACUGUGGGUGCUGUUGCCUUGGACUGCAAAGGAAACAUGGCUUACGCAACCUCGACAGGGGGCAUCGUGAAUAAAAUGGCCGGCCGAGUUGGGGACACGCCGUGUGUAGGAUCUGGAGGUUACGCUGACAAUGACAUUGGAGCCAUUUCAACCACGGGGCACGGAGAAAGCAUCCUGAAGGUGAACCUGGCCAGACUCACUCUCUUCCACGUAGAACAAGGAAAGACAUUAGAAGAGGCUGCUGACCUGUCGUUGGGUUAUAUGAAGUCAAAGGUCAAAGGUUUAGGCGGCGUCAUCUUGGUCAACAAAGCAGGAGACUGGGCAGUAAAGUGGACCUCGGCAUCCAUGCCCUGGGCGGCCGCCAAGGACGGCAAGGUGCACGCUGGCAUUGAUCUGGGCGAAGCCAGCAUCACUGACCUGCCCUAAGCCCCUGGACGAUUGUAUUCUAGAUGCUAGCUUGGAGGUAAAGUACAGUUUCCUGGUGUGGAGACUUAGCUUACUCAAUUAGAUCUAGAAAUGGAAAAAUUCUGCAGUCUGUCACUCUUUUUGUUGCCUUGAUCAAUAAGUGUCUGUAUGUUUGGUGAGGGGCGGACUGAAGUGAUGAGAGAAAUGCCCACAUUAAGAUCAAAAUAAGAUUAGCAGAGAGGACAAACUACUGAGCCUUUCUCACGGAGCAGCCCUGUUGUCCUAGGUUAGAAAGAAGAGACAUCAUGAGCUUAACCCUACAGAAACUGCCUCGGUGCAGAGCGUGCCUUGGGAACAGGGAGGCCCACGCGCAGCAGCGACACAGCUGCCCCGUGUCUGGGGCUCUCCUGGUUGCGCUUUCCCACAGGACCCUGCGAAGGGAUGCAGUGGGAAGGAAAGCACUUGCUGGAGGAACCUGAAAGUGAGACAGGAGCCCAGAACGAAUGGGAGAAGGCCAGGUGGGCCUCAAGGCAUUCAUUCAGCCUUUGUUUGAACUCAGAAUACUGGGUGAAAGACAUUAUGGGUAAAAAACAAAAACAAAAAACUGAUUUUUCUAAGAGAGUUCAGGUCUUCUCUGACUUAACUAAUGUAGAUGUUUCCAGACACUUUAAAAGGACCCUCUGGUAACCCAUAGCUCCCUGAUCUGGAGAUGGAGCUCUGCAGAGCUCCUUCACGGCAGAGGGUUUUCCUGGGCUCACACAUGAGCCAGCUCACUGGUGUUUUCCUGCAGCCAGCACGGCUGCUCAGAGCCAGCUCUGCCUGCCACAGACCCUCUGAGUCCUCACAGCAGGUAAUGGGGCUCACAAGCUCUCCGCCUCCCCUGCAACAGGGAGAGCUGAUGGAUGUAGAAAUGACACGGAUUGUUACUUAGUGCAUUCUUGUACUGUCCAGUGCUGUGGGGUACCCGCCCCCCAACUGAGAUGGGUGUGAUACAGUGUGGUCAGCAAGGUAGAGAAAGUGAUUUCCUUUCUCCUUGGGGAGAGUAUUCCUAUUCAUGUCUCUUGACACUGGAAUGGUAUUUCUGCUGUGACAUAUCUGCUCACUAUUUUAGUCUGUCAGGACUUACCUUCUCUCUGGAAAGAAAUUGCUUAACUUUAAAUUCCAUGUGCCACUAAUAAAAUGUAUUUUGAAAGAAUGA